AUGGUUUCUAAACUGAGCCAGUUGCAGACGGAGCUCCUGGCGGCCCUGCUUGAGUCGGGUCUGAGCAAAGAGGCGCUGAUCCAGGCGUUGGGGGAGCCAGGGCCUUACCUGCUGGCUGCAGAUGGCCCCCUGGACAAGGGGGAGUCCUGCGGAGGUGGUCGAGGGGAGCUGGCUGAGCUGCCCAAUGGGCUGGGGGAGACUCGGGGUUCCGAGGACGAGACAGACGACGAUGGGGAAGACUUCACACCACCCAUCCUCAAAGAGCUGGAGAACCUCAGCCCCGAGGAGGCAGCCCACCAGAAAGCCGUGGUGGAGACCCUUCUACAGGAGGACCCAUGGCGUGUGGCAAAGAUGAUCAAGUCCUACCUACAGCAGCACAACAUCCCCCAGCGGGAGGUGGUCGACACCACUGGCCUCAACCAGUCCCACCUGUCCCAGCAUCUCAACAAAGGCACCCCCAUGAAGACACAGAAGCGAGCUGCCCUGUACACCUGGUACGUCCGCAAGCAGCGAGAGGUGGCCCAGCAGUUCACCCAUGCAGGACAGGGUGGGCUGAUUGAUGAGCCCACAGGCGAUGAGCUCCCAACUAAGAAGGGGCGGAGGAACCGUUUCAAGUGGGGCCCAGCAUCCCAGCAGAUCCUGUUCCAGGCCUACGAGAGGCAGAAGAACCCCAGCAAGGAGGAGCGAGAGACGUUGGUGGAGGAAUGUAAUAGGGCGGAGUGCAUCCAGAGGGGGGUGUCCCCAUCGCAGGCACAGGGGCUGGGCUCCAACCUCGUCACGGAGGUGCGUGUCUACAACUGGUUUGCCAACCGUCGCAAAGAAGAAGCUUUUCGGCACAAGCUGGCCAUGGACACGUACAAUGGGCCCCCACCAGGGCCGGGCCCGGGACCUGCACUGCCUUCCCAUAGCUCCCCUGGCCUGCCCCCACCCGCCCUCUCCCCCAGCAAGGUUCAUGGCGUGCGCUAUGGACAGCCUGCAGCCAGUGAGGCAGCAGAAGCACCCUCAAGCAGCGGUGGUCCCUUGGUGACAGUGUCUGCACCCCUGCACCAAGUGUCCUCCACGGGCCUGGAGCCCAGCCACAGCCUGCUCAGCACCGAAGCCAAGCUGGUCUCAGCAACUGGGGGCCCCCUGCCCCCUGUCAGCACCCUGACAGCACUGCACAGUUUGGAGCAGACAUCCCCAGGUCUCAACCAGCAGCCCCAGAACCUCAUCAUGACCUCACUUCCUGGGGUCAUGACCAUUGGGCCCGGGGAGCCUGCCUCCCUGGGCCCCACAUUCACCAACACAGGUGCCUCCACCCUGGUCAUCGGCCUGGCCUCCACUCAGGCCCAGAGUGUGCCGGUCAUCAACAGCAUGGGCAGCAGCCUGGCCACCCUGCAGCCGGUCCAGUUCUCUCAGCCACUGCACCCUUCCUACCAGCAGCCGCUCAUGCCACCCGUGCAGAGCCAUGUGACGCAGAGCCCCUUCAUGGCCACCAUGGCCCAGCUGCAGAGCCCUCAUGCCCUCUACAGCCACAAGCCUGAAGUGGCCCAGUACACCCACACGGGCCUGCUUCCACAGACCAUGCUCAUCACUGACACCACUAACCUGAGUGCCCUGGCCAGCCUCACGCCCACCAAGCAGGAAGCUCUGUUCCCCCAGGUCUUCACCUCUGACCCUGAGGCCUCUGGUGAGUCUGGGCUUCAUACACCGGUGUCUCAGGCCACCACCCUCCACGUCCCCAGCCAGGACCCCACUGGCAUCCAGCACCUGCAGCCUGCCCACCGGCUCAGCGCCAGCCCCACAGUGUCCUCCAGCAGCCUGGUGUUGUACCAGAGCUCUGACUCCACCAACGGCCACAGCCACCUGCUGCCAUCCAACCACGGCGUCAUUGAGACCUUCAUCUCCACACAGAUGGCGUCUUCCUCCCAAUAA